GGCUUAGGUACCUGAUUAGGUAGCUGACGACCGAGCUUAGCUACGCGCCACCGCCACUAUUCGUACCUCUUAACUGCCAAGAUUGUCUGAUUCCUACCAGGUACCUACUAACGGACCUAGCGACGUUACAUCAUUUGCUACCCGUUUGCUUCUAAUUCAACUCAAACUCAAACCAUCCAUACCUAAACUGCUAAAGAGGUACCGAGCGCCGAACUCUUCUUCUAUUCGCUUUGAACCCACCUCUUAAGCUAUAAACACUAGAAACGAUAUAUAAACACUUGCAGCCCAUCAAACUUACAUUCUUUCUUCGAAGCCUUACUCCGAGUGCUUUUUCAACUUCUUUCUCUAGUGCCACAACCAUUCCAUGCGAACAUCACGGUGAUGACGCAAUCACGAGCUGUAUGAUUGUUAGCUAUUCCAUAUUAGCGAGAUUACCUGCUCGAACCGUCUAUUAACCAACUCUGAUCCGAGAUUGUCUGGGAAAUAGCCAAACUCGGCCGUAUUAACUUGGCCGAAAUAGCACCAUGGUCGCACGAAAGCCGCUUCCUGACAGUUCCUCGGCGAACACCAAUACACCCCCACCCGCGGUUAGCAUACAAGGUGUAAGACAGGAGCUGUGGCCUCCUAGCGAUUCCGAAUCAGAGUCAGUCAGAGCUUGGGCGAAGGAGGAUCCCGUAAUAUCCCACCACAGUGACACAAACCCUGCGGCUUCGGGGAGCCAUAAUACAUCACAAGAUAUACCCCACGUCCUUCAACCUGGCGCCACCUAUCGUCAUGACGAAACAAAUCCCUGGGAUGACCGCAAUAAGAACAACAGCGCCGAUCCUGUAACAGAGACCAACGUUAAGCUAGAUGAAAUGCCAAAAGCUCUCUGGCCAGGAGGUACGCGAUUCGAAACGAAUCCUUUCAAACGGAAGCCAGUACAGGCCAACCCGAAUAUUCAAGAUAAUCAAGAUAGCCAAGAAUCACCGGCAACAUCUGCGAAUCCUCCUUUGGUGAAUCCUCCUUCGGCACCUCCCCUUACUUCUGUGCCUACGGGCGCAUUAUCUCAACUACAUAUUUCCGAACCCGAAACGAAUACAAAUCCCUGGCAGCCGGCGCUUGGCGAUUCUAGGCCCCCUAAUACUUUACAACCAGUAUCGCCUCCAUCCGAUCCGGAGUCUAAGAGAAAUGUCUGGGACUCGGGUUUGCCAUCGAGAGCGACUUCUACGGGACCUGUGCCAGAUUCUCCUUCCCUAUUAUCUUUACCUACCGGGGGGGAAUCUCAACGAUGGAACGAUGCGUCUCCAAAUCCUCCAUUGCAACCACUACCAGGGAGAUCUCGAGAGGCAGAAGAGAUUCUAGAUGACCAGCAUGCAUGGGACGAUCUUGGGCCUAGCAACAAGGGUAAACAACCAGAGUUACAAGAGUCACAUGUACACUCAGAGACCGUCGACGGCUGGAACCUAAUUGACCACGAGCCAAUACCAGAACCAGGACCCGGGGCUCUAUCCAAGCAAAGUACUUGGGAAAACUUCAUGGAUGCAGAUGACGAAAGAUCAAAGGAAGAGACAGCUCCUACGACGGCAGCUCCUACGACGGCAGCUACUACGACGGUAGCCCCUACAGAGGUGCCACCGGCUUUACCACCGCGGCGAGCGUCGAACCAAGAACCGCCACCACAGCCACCCAGAAAUCAGUCACCAGGCACUACAAGUAAAUCGGAAACAUACCAGAUUAAAAAUAUCAAUUGGCUUGAUGCUACGGCGGCUAAGAACCCUCGGAAGUCGCCUAUACUUGUACAAAACGCUAAUGGCCCUUGUCCUUUGGUUGCGCUCGUUAAUGCGCUUACUUUAACGACGCCUGCUAAUCAGGCGAAUUCAAAUCUUGUCGAAACUCUAAGGUCUCGCGAACAAAUCAGUUUGAAUUUCCUCCUCGAAGCUGUCGUUGAUGAGCUUAUGACCCACCGGCAUACCAACCCAGACGUGUCCUUGCCAGAUAUGACCGAGUUAUAUGCAUUUCUUAAGGGUCUCCACACUGGUAUGAACGUCAAUCCGCGGUUUAUCCCGAGUUCUGAGUCUUCCCCCCUGCAUAUCCAAAAAUCAACUCAAGAAAAUCCCACCCCGGGGACCUUUGAGAAUACCCGGGACAUGAGGCUCUAUGCUACGUUUUCCAUUCCCUUGAUACACGGCUGGUUACCCCCGAGGGAUGACCCUGUAUACGAUUCCUUCACCAGACAAGCAUCCUCAUACGAUGAUGUGCAGAGCAUAUUGUUCCGAGAGGAAGAGCUCGAAGAUAAGCUUAGCAAUUCUGAGAUGGGCCUGACUGAGCAGGAGCAGCAACUGUAUCAAGACAUCAUCAUCAUAAAGUCAUUCCUUAGUAUUUCAGCAACACAACUCACACCAUGGGGUCUUGAGGUGAUUACCAAAGCUAUUCGACCUGGGACGGUGUCAAUUCUAUUUCGGAAUGAUCACUUUUCUACUCUAUACCGGCACCCCCAGACGCAAAAAUUAUUUACUUUGGUAACAGAUGCAGGCUAUUACACACACGAUGAGGUCGUUUGGGAAUCACUAGUAGAUGUACGGGGCGAACGAACUGAGUUCUUUUCUGGCGAUUUCCGUAUAGUCGGAGGACCUCAACACCAACGAUCAUCCGGAAAUGUUCCAGGUGGCUGGAAUGGAGAGGGAGGCUCAAGUAGCAAUUCUCACGGGAACGGGUGGCAAACGGUCCAGAACCGGCGAUCGCGGAACAGCCGGGCUAGCGAACCGGAUCCCAGCACUUCUAUUCCGCCGAAACAUGAGCAGGAAGAUCGAGACUUGGCUUUGGCUUUGCAGUUGCAAGAAGAAGAAGAGGAACGACAUCGCGCAGAACAAGCUGCUCGCCGUCGUGAGAGCCAACUGUCUGAGCAAUUUAUCGAGCAGCAAGGCCGGCAAGGUGCCCCAACCCGCGGAGGUCACAAUCAACGCGGUUCUAUUGGUAGGGGCAGCAGUGGUCCAUUGCCACCAGCCAGGACUAGUUCAGCUAACCAAUCUACAAGCACGGUGGCCAGUCGAGGAAGGCCGGUACAGCAAGUUAGGUCCUUAAUUCCGCCGGCUUCGACAACCCAUCGGCCCGGAGAUGACCACGUAGACGAUGCACCACCAAGUUAUGAACAAGCUUCCAAGUCGACCCCGUACGUACCACCCGCAGGGCAUCCGAGUCAUCCAGAGAGCAGUCCAAGUAGCGCGAGCGCAACUCCUAGGGGGGGGUCUACAUUUAGUGGACAGAAUAGCGCUGGACCCAGUACGCCAGGGAGGGGACGCCAGAGCGCACCCCCUGUCCCUACUGGAAAUACUACCUCGGCAGGAGGGAGCAAAGAAAAAGACUGUAUGGUAAUGUAACGAGAUGCCAUCAUGCUACACACACUUGCUUUACAUCACAAUGGGGCUACAUGGUUACUAGAGAUGGGGUUCAUUGGUUAUGGGUUACACGUUGCUUUGUAGGAAUCAUAGGUUACGGGGAUUGUAUUAUUAAGGGAAUUGGCAGGGUACCGGUCACUUGUCUGACGAGUUUACGCAGGGAAUAUAUGAUCAUGUCCUCAUCCAUCCAAUAUACGGGAGGUGGUUGCAAUUGCUUAAGCACCUGCGUCCAUCAAGCCGUUUUCUUUGCAGUCUUCUUAUUCUAAUAUACUAUCGUGCUUUAUUUUAAUAUGAAAGGUUGAGAGCAAUGUCUUGCAACUUAUUACCGAUUAAACUACCUAAUUUUACAAGUAAUUCAAAGCUAGUUACCUAGGUUAUAAUAAGAAAAAGAGCCGAUGAGCAACAUGGGCUAUAAUGGAUUUAAACACCUGGG